AUGAAAUCUUUUAAUGAGGGAAGUGAAUCGAAACUUGUACAGUUUCCGAAUGGCAAAAUAGUUGGAGCACGAUGGUUGGUAAGAAGAAUUUUAGGUACCGGUGCUUACGGGGCAGUUUAUGAGGUACAGAGCGUAACAAAUCCUUUAAUCAGUGGAGCUCUCAAAGCUGAAUCAAAUUCUACAACAGAUAGUAUUUUAAAAUUGGAAGUUGAAGUAUUAAAACAACUACAAAGUCGUAAAUAUACCGUGCGUCUAUUGUAUUGUGGUAAAAGAGAAACAUAUAGUUACAUGGUAAUGACAUUGUGCGGUCCGGAUUUGCUUACACUCAAAACUAUGAACAAUUUGGAGACAUUCAGCGAAAGUACCACACUUCGCAUUGCUGUACUAAGUUUGUAUGCCAUUAAGCAGUUGCAUGAAAUUGGCUUUGUACAUCGCGAUAUAAAGCCCAGUAAUAUAGCAAUAUCAGCAACUAUUCGUCAUAUUAUUUAUUUACUGGACUAUGGGAUGGUUCGAAAAUAUGCAAUUUAUAGUAAUAAACAAUGGUUUAUCAGACAACCAAGAAAACGGGUUUUACUUCGUGGAACACUGCGAUAUUGUUCAGUGAAUACUCAUAAACGAAAUGAGCAGGGACGAGUUGAUGAUCUCUGGUCAUUGAUGUACAUGUUGAUUGAAUUACGCAGUAAUCAUCUGCCGUGGGGUAAAGCAGCACGUGAAGAUCGUAUUCUCUAUAUUAAAGAAUCUACUUCUGAUAAACAACUUCUAUCAAACGGAAAGAUGGGAUUUUAUGAAAAAAUUUUAACACAUCUCCGUAAAUUACGCUAUCCGGAUAGGCCCGAUUAUCACUACAUGUACAAAGUGAUGAUAUCACCAAUGAUAAGAAAACGGUAUUUAUUCAACGAACCAUAUGAUUGGGAAGUUAUAUCAGAACAUGGAACACAAGAAGAAUCGGAAUCGUUGAAAAAAUCCUGCACAUCAUCUUCAAAAUCAGCAGUCAGUGCUAGAUCUUCCAAUCUAAUCAUUCCGGAAGACAUACCAGUAGCACAGGAACAGGAAUUUAAUGAAGGCGAAAAUGAUGUACCCGAUAUAAUGAAAACCUCUUAUCACGUUGGUCAACGACGACAAGAUCGUGACCGACGUAUGCAGGACGAAAGUAACCUGCCAAAUGAAGAUUUACCGUAA